AUGGGUUUGGUAGCCCCUUACGUGCACGGAGGACACCAGCUUGGGAAGGGUGUGGCACGGGGCUUCGAUCAGCCUCUCCUAAUGCUGUCUAAGAACUCAGAUGGCAGCAAUGAUGCUCGUCAAGAGGAUGCCACGUUUGGAGCAAAUGACUUUCAUAGCAAAGGAUUACAGAUUUCACAGGUGAGAUUUGCUGGCCCCAACCCUGCCCAGCCCAGCCCAGUGUUGUUAGCAACGCAAUCUGGCAAUCUUGAGAGAGUCGGCAACUUCGACAAAAUGCAGCGACUUGGCCUAGUGGAGUGGGACAAGCCUUUGUUCCUCUUUCUGCUCCUCAUUGCCUGGACGAAAGGUGUCGAGUUCACAGACCUUCCUAGAAGAGUGGGACUGGCAGACAGUGAGGAACCAAAUUCACUUGUGACUACCAUCUUUGUCAGUUGUACAAACUCAAGCUAUGUGCCUGUGACACACCUGAGGACCGUCACCCCGGAGUCCUCUUUUUUCAACUUUCCAAACUUCUUAUCUGCUAACAGCUAUCAGGUGAGACUUAGUCCCAGUGCUGCUCUAGAUGCUAGAGUGGUGAAUCUGUAUGUCUUAACAUUCAGAGCAAGCUGUCCAAGAGAGACGACAAGAGAUGCUCAACUCAUUGUUCAAGUUAAUGAAGCAGAGAGAUUAGUGUGCAAUGAAGGAUAUACUGGCAUAGGACGGUCGCCUAUACAAGUUUCAGAAGAUGUUCCACCUGGAGAAAUAAUCUACAGAACUGUCUUGAAGAGGCGGGGUAGAGGCACACUGUCCUUCACCGUUGAGGACUCUUCCUUAUCUUUUAGCAUAACUCCAGAAGGAGUCUUGCAGGUACCUGCUGCAGGUUUCACUCGUGAACAAGCUGGCAAGACAUUCCCACUAAAAAUCGUGGUUAGGGAUGGUGCUUCAAGACGUUGCGAAGUGCCUCUGUCUAUCCACGUGAACCCUGUUUACCAUAACAAAGUCAGUUUCAGGGAAUCAUCAGUUGCAAGUUCAAUAUGGGAAAGUGUACUACCUUUGACCAAAGUCAUACAGGUCGUAGCAACUGGGAAACCUGUGCUCUACCAGAUCGUCUCCCCAAGCACACGCUAUUUCACCAUUGAACCAGAUACAGGCAUCAUCAAGACCACAUACUACUUAGAUCUGAAAAACAAUCCAAGCUUAGCAAACACCCAGUUGAAGGUGAAAGCUUACAAUAUGUUACAUCCCACUGAUCAAGCCAUCAUCCUUGUCAACAUUACUGUGAAGCAGGAGAACUUGGAAGCACCCUUGUGUUCUCCCGCUGUGUUUGUGACUCAGGUUCCAGAAAACAUUAGUGGCCCCAUAUUGUCUCUGUCUUGCUAUGAUCCAGAGAAUAUCAAUAGCAGCUUAACGUACAAUAUAGUCAACCAGAACCCACCUUAUAGCUUCAAAAUGGAUGGUCCAAAUCUUCAGGUAAAUAGCAGUUUGGACUGUGAUUCAGGAAGUAUGGCCUCUCUUAACUUUCAAUACAAGGCUGACAUUCUAGUGAUUGAUGAAGGAAGCCCUGCACAAACCACCACUGUUUCUGUGCUGGUGACAGUGACACCAGUGAAUGAAUUCAACCCAAAUUGCUCAAAACAUGUAUUCAGUGUACCAGAGAAUACUGAGUAUGGAUACAGCUUUGGCAAUGUCAAUGGCUCUGAUCAAGACUAUCCAUUCAACAAAAUUGAAUACAGCCUAAUGGAUGCGGAUGCUGGAGUUUUCUACAUUAGUAGGCAUACAGGUCAGCUGCAUGUACUUUUGCCCCUGGAUUAUGAAGUACAGAAAGUGUAUCAUCUGGCUGUCAUUCUAAAAGACCUGGGGAAUGAAGCAGCCGACGGUACUCAAAGGACAACAACGUGUAACGUCAUGGUUUUCGUGCAGGAUGUGAACGAUCAUCCUCCUAAGUGUGCAGAACCAUUUUUGGUGCGUUCCAUAUAUUCCACCCAAGCCAGAAAUUUAAAAAUCACCGAUAUUGAUUGUAAAGAUGAAGAGAGUGGAACCGAACUGGCCUACAACAUUGUUCGUGGUAUGGAAUGGGUCACAAAUUGCCGGGACCUGUUUAAAUAA